AUGCCUUUAUCCAACCGACGUCGCGCGCGGCGUAAGGAAAUCCAGCUGCAGGAAACCUCGGACGCGGAGGCUCCGGAUUCGUCGCCCAGUCGCCCUUCGACAGCCAAGAAACGCAAGGUCGAGCAUCGUACCUCUCCUCGCUCGCGACCAGUCAAGAACGAAUCCGCAGACGAAGCCGAUGGCUCGUCGCCGGACAAUGAGAUGUCGGCGAAUCAGGACCUGGUCGACAUGGUCAUUUCUUACUUGAAUCCUCCCCGCGAGGAGGUACGCGUCCUGCGCGACCAUUCGAAUACGAAAACCGAGAACAAACAGAGUAUCCGCGCCUAUGCGAAGAUUGCCGGCCGCAACUGGACCUACUACGUCAAGACCCUCCAUGUCAACAUUGGCCGCGAGCCCGACCGCGAACAGAAGCUGGAUGAACAGUCGAGCCCCGUCACCAUCGCUGCGCGGGCCCUGCCCGAGGUCCAUGUCGAUUUGGGUCCUAGCAAGUUUGUCUCGCGCCUGCAUGCAGAGAUCUUUUAUGAUGGAGAGGAGACGGCUUCGUGGCAUAUCCGCGUCAACGGGCGCAACGGCGUGCGUCUCAACAAUGUCAUCCUCAAGCGUGGCACCGAUGCCAUCAUCUCCUGCGGCGAUAUCGUCGAAGUCGCAAACACCCAGAUGAUGUUCGUCACCCCAGGCGACAAGGCCAACAUCCACCCCAGCUUCAUCGAGCGCGCCCAGCGCAUGGCCAAUGGUGAGGAGGAACCCACCACGUGGGAUGCGUCACAGCAUGCCCACCCCGCGUCCCAGUCGCAGUCGAUAACCACGGAUCCCGCCUAUUCGUUCUCCGCCGCCCCCGCUUCGAGCGGUCAGCCCUCGCUGGCCCCCGCCCCGCAUUUCCUGAAGCGCAAUGUCACCCCUCCGCCACGGUCCCCGGAUACCGCUGGGGCUCGAACGGCCAAGCAGUCGCCGUUGUACAACCGGGGGAUGAUGAUGGAGAGUACCGAGGAGAUCGACUACAGCAACGACUCGUCCAAGGACCUGAAGCCGCCAUACAGUUACGCUACGUUGAUCGCGCAGGCCAUCUUCUCCAGCGAAGAGGAGAAAUUAACGCUGAACAACAUCUACAAUUGGAUCAUGGACAAGUACGCCUUUUAUCGUCACUCCCAGAGCGGCUGGCAGAAUUCGAUCCGGCACAACUUGUCGUUGAACAAGGCGUUUCAGAAAGUACCUCGUCGAACGGACGAACCCGGCAAGGGUAUGAAGUGGCAGAUCGCCCCGGAAUACCGCGAGGAGUAUUGGAAGAAGCAGCUCCGCAAGGGUACGCAGUCGUCUGCGCCGUCAUCGCCGGCCACAAAGGAGCCCAUAUCGCGGAACGUGGCCAAUGGGUUAGAAGCCGUCUUCUCCGCGGCCGGGAAAAAGUCUCCACAGGUGUCAUCGCCAGGGUUCAGUUCGUUCCCCGUGGCACCUGUAGAGGCGUAUACACCUGAGAGAGGGCCGCGAGCCGGUCGGGGAGGACAUGAACAUCCGCUUCGCAAUAAUCACACCCGGGACUACGAGGAGCCUUCACCGCUGCCAACGCGAGCACGCAACGGUUCAGCGCACAAUGGGAAUAGCAGCACCAGCAACAACAAUCUCAGUCGCACCUACGGACUUUCAGAUAAUGUGGCCGGGUCACCUCCUGUACUGUCGUCGUCGUACUAUGACGAAGGGCCAUCGUCGAUGAUCACACCCGCACCGCAGAGGCAACAACCCCGUCUUCCCCCGCCCAGUACAGCACAGAUCCCGUCCAAGUUCAUGCCGAUGAGCUCGCCGGCGCAGUUCUGGAAAUUCGCGGAUAUUGGCAGCACGCCUGCCCGACCGGUCCCGGACAUGAGUCCGCUCAAGGGCGAGCCUGGAGAUGCGAUUGGCAGCUUCCCGAGUAGCAGUCCUCCACCGCCGAACAUGGCAAGCCCCAGUAAACCGGGAACGUCGAAUGGGCUAGGCCACGGACGAACACUGCCGCCGCUCAAGGAAGUUAGCGAGAUAGAGAGUGUUCGACCGAGUCUGAACGGAGUGACCAAGAUUGAACCACCAGCGACGGGACGACAUUUGGGGAAUGACGAUGAGGACGAUGAGGAAGAUGAUACGGGAGGGUUCGAUCUGGCAAGGGGUUUCCAACCCAUUGGAUCAUACCAUCGACAGUUGAGCAAUGCAGCCCGAGCCAGCGCUGCAACGUCUUGA